AUGUCUACCCAGACCGGCUCCAAGUGGUUCGGUGGAACAACCCAUCUGUUCAACCUCCUCAAGGAACCCCUCGUGGCUGCCCUCACCCAGCGCGUCGUCAUGUUUGACAACAAGCCCUGUGUCGACGCCUACGUCUCCGCCGUGACCGAGGUCGCCAACGCCGACCCCGAGCUCCACCGCAUCAAGCACGUCGGCACCAUCGAGUACUACCUGGACGCUGACAAGAAGGCCGUCCUGACCGGCGGCGGCCACCGCUACCACGUCACCUUUUGCAUGGCCAUUGUGCUCCGCUACCUGGCCAUGGAGGUUUUCACCCUGUACGUCGCCGCCACCGGCGGCAAGCCCUCGUCCACCGCCAACCGCCUGCUCACCCUCGUCCACCAGCUUGCCGCCUGCUUUGUGCAGGUCAACGACGAGACCGGGACCAGCACCAUGAACUACAAAUCCAACAUUGCCGGCCACCAGAAGUUCAUGUCCGCCCUGGCCUAUUUGACAUCCCCUCUGUCGUCGGACUCCACCCACGGCCGGGGCUUCAUGGUCAAGUACUGCAACGCGUUCGCCGGCCUCUUUGACGACAAGCGCAUGGCCGGCUUCACCCACCCCGCCAUGGCCGGCUUCCGCCAGUACAGCAUCCCCAUCACCUCAAUGAUGGGCUCGCGCGCGGUGCAGGACAUCCUCGCUAUGGCCCGUGGACCCACCCCCGUCUGGGGGGCUGUCUGCGGCUCCGUGCAGCGCCUGGCCGAGGGCUGCGCCACCGCCAUCAAGGUCGAGACCCUGGAAAUGCACCGGAGCAGCAUCAUGGACUCGAACAAGUCGCUGUCGUCCAUGACCUCGAUGUGCCACAUCAACUCGGCCGUCAUGUCCCGCCUGGCCUGGCUGCCGGACUUUGCGCCUCUGUGCACCGAGCUGAACGGCUACUACGACGCCAUGAUGUCCGUGCUGCCGUUCCCGAUGAGCCCCAGCACCUCGCCCGUGGACGCCGCCCAGGUGCAGAUCCGCUACCUGCACCACUCGCUGUUCAAGAACCUGCUGGCCAAGCAGAUGGCCCUCAACCUGGAGGGGUGCACCUCGCUCGAGAACGCCAAGUCGUCCUACGCCAUGGCCGGGACCUAUGUACCGUCCAGCGACGUGGCCUGCGAGUUCCUGGCCCUGCGGUACUGCAGCUCGGGCAUGGCCGUCGAGUCCGUGAUGCGCGGCCGGCUGACGGAGAGCUUUGCCGCAGCGCACCUGUCCGAGACCGCCGCCUUGGUGGACCUCAACGCGGCGCUCCAUGACUUCCGCUCCGGGAACUACCCCGCGCUGGUGAUGCCGCUGCUGGCCAUGCUGGAGGCCUUCCACUUCCGCGUCAAGGGCACCCAGGACCGCCUGGUCGAGACGUACCGGUGCUUCGCCGCGGCCGAGAGCUGGGAGUACCUGCAGACCAUGGUCGAGUACGCCAAGCACCAGGGCAGCAAGGUCUUCAAUGACGGGGCGCUGAGCGACAACCUCGAGCUGGCCCGGGCGAGGAAGAUGAUUGACAACUUGCACUCAGCCUACGACUCAAUGCUCACUGUGGCGGGCGUCCCGCUCUAUGGCACUGGAUUGCGCGAGGUCAUGGUCUCAACACUGGUCCGGGUGGCGACCGAGGCCAGCCCAACAACCAUUUUUGCCUCCCGGGACCGGUUCAUGGAGAACAUCCGGGGCGGCAAGGGGGCCGUCCCCACACGCAAGCGCCGGGUGCUGCCGAGCGAGCUGGAGACGAUGUGCACGGAGCUGGCCUCGGAGGUGCGGCUGCUGAUGGCCGCGGACACGCUGCUGGCGCUGGGCGUCCCGAGGAGCAAGGACGGCAAGGUCGGCAAGGCCGGCAAGGAUGCCAUGCGGCGGGCCGCCCAGGUCGCAAACGAGCUCCGCCCCGAGGAGGAGCAGCUCGAGUACCCGACCUGGGAGAAGCCGACGGAGCCCGAGAAGAAUGCGCUGCUGGACUAUCUCGGCGAGCUCGUGGACCUGAUGCCUCGGGGCUGCUGGCGAGGCCGGGGCACGCCCUGCCGGGUGACGGGGUACGAGUUUCCUUCCGAGACGCUGUGCAUGCACAUUAUCAAGCGGGGCCGGGAUGAGCUGCUGCAGUUCAUGGGCAUAGGGGUCAAGCCGCUGACGGAGGGCCAGUACACAAACCUUGCUGCAUCGCUGAUGGCCACGGGAGUGCUGGGUCUCAAGGCGUCGACGCGGCCGCUGCAGAAUCUCUCUCUCCAGGCGCCCGGGUACCUGGUUGCACCGCAGCUGGGCUGGCCGACGCCGCUGCUGCGCAACAACCCGCAGGUGGAGGUGUGCAACGGCCUGGUCGACGGAGAGAUGGUCCCGCCGGGCCCGUUUGCGCUGCGAGACUACAAGGUCCCGUUUGCUGCCGUGGCGAGCUCGGUGCUGCUGCGCACCGAGAUGCGGGCGCCGGACGACAUCAAGGAGUACGUGCAGAUCCGGGCUCUGAAGCGGGAGGCCCGGGACCAGCCGUUCCGGCGGCACGCGGACAGGGCGCUCUCGUGCCUGCAGGGACAGGUGCGCAAUGAGCUCAAGCGACUGCUGGAGUCCGAGUACGGGCGGCUGUACUCGCCAACGGUGCCCGCUGGUGGCGCUGGUGGCGCUGACCGAGCUACGGCGCGCCCCGCGGCGGCAGCAGCUGCUGCCACUGCCACUGCCACUGCCACUGCCACUGCCACUGCCACUGCCGCUGCUGCAGCUGCUGUCGCCCCUUCUGUACCACGACCUAGUCGAGCAGACCGGUUUAGGCAGAUGCUGGACAAGAAGGCGAAAGAGAAGAGAGCGCAGAGGCCGGUGUUUGCACCCCCACCCGCGGGCUGCGGGGUGAUGCCGCCGUCCGACGACGAGUACGAGGAGCCUGCCGGCGGAUGGCCGCGCCUGGAAACGGGUGGCUACCAUGGCGAGGAGGAUGGCAUUGAGGAGGAGGAGGACGAUGGGUACUCUGAGGAGGACAUGGCUGGGGUGCCACUGACCUACUCGGACCCGGAUGGCGGAUAUUUGCCAGUGCCUGUGGACCGGACCAAUAUCAUCAAGAGACACCUGGACGACGAGGAUGACGGUGAGCGCAAGAAGCGCAGACGGGCUGACGAGAGGCCCAAGAAGCGAGCUUCAAAGGACCUGUCGAGACCGAAGAGGAGGGCUUCUGGGCGAUCUGGGGUCGCCGCUGAGGGGGCCAGGAAGUUUAGCACGGCUAAGGGCAAGGAGCCAGCCAAGGAGCCCAGGGCACCCAAGGACCC